AUGCCCCAUUCAUAUCCAGCCCUUUCUGCUGAGCAGAAAAAGGAGUUGUCUGACAUCGCCCUCCGGAUUGUGGCCCCAGGGAAAGGCAUCCUGGCUGCAGAUGAGUCUGUAGGCAGCAUGGCUAAGCGGCUGAGCCAAAUCGGGGUGGAGAACACAGAGGAGAAUCGCCGCUUGUACCGCCAGGUCCUGUUCAGCGCCGAUGACCGAGUGAAGAAGUGCAUUGGAGGUGUCAUCUUCUUUCACGAGACACUUUACCAGAAAGAUGACAAUGGUGUCCCCUUCGUCCGUACCAUCCAGGAUAAGGGCAUUGUCGUUGGCAUCAAGGUGGACAAAGGUGUGGUCCCUCUAGCUGGGACCGAUGGAGAAACUACCACUCAAGGGCUGGAUGGGCUCUCAGAACGCUGUGCCCAAUACAAGAAGGAUGGCGCCGACUUUGCCAAGUGGCGCUGUGUGCUGAAAAUCAGUGAACGCACGCCCUCAGCCCUUGCCAUUCUGGAGAAUGCCAAUGUGCUGGCCCGCUAUGCCAGCAUCUGCCAGCAGAAUGGCAUUGUGCCUAUUGUGGAACCUGAAAUCCUGCCUGAUGGAGACCAUGACCUCAAACGUUGCCAGUAUGUCACCGAGAAGGUCCUGGCUGCUGUGUAUAAGGCUCUGAGUGACCAUCAUGUGUACCUGGAAGGGACCCUGCUGAAGCCCAACAUGGUGACCCCUGGCCAUGCCUGUCCUAUCAAGUACAGCCCAGAGGAGGUUGCCAUGGCAACUGUCACUGCCCUGCGCCGCACUGUGCCUCCAGCUGUCCCAGGAGUGACCUUCCUGUCUGGGGGUCAGAGUGAAGAGGAGGCCUCGCUCAAUCUCAAUGCUAUCAACCGCUGCCCGCUUCCACGGCCCUGGGCCCUCACCUUCUCCUAUGGGCGUGCCCUGCAGGCCUCUGCACUCAAUGCCUGGCGAGGGCAACGGGACAAUGCUGGGGCUGCCACCGAGGAGUUCAUCAAGCGGGCUGAGGUGAAUGGGCUUGCAGCUCAGGGCAAGUAUGAAGGCACUGGAGACGAUGGAGGAGCGGCAGCACAGUCCCUCUACAUUGCAAACCAUGCCUACUGA